UCCCACAUUUAAGUCGCCAUGUCGCAGCUCUACACCCAUUCACAAGUUCAUAGAUUUCCACUACUGGUCGCCUUGAUCUGCUCGACUAUAGCCCUUUGCAUUCCACCGCUCGCCAGCGCAUACCAUGAAGAGCUCCAUCAGCGCGAUGGCAUCCAUGUGCCCUGCACAUUCUUCGAUACAGUCAAUGUCACCGGCGAUCUGCGGUUCGCGAACGGAUCCUAUCUGUACGAUGGUGUAUUGAUCCCACCACAACUGGUCGGCUGGUAUGAUUACAUCUAUACGGACUUGGUGCGACGUGUGGAAGUCGAGCCACAUGCACGUGCGUGCAUCUGCAAGCUGAAGCCGUGCAUAAACAUCUGCUGUCCAUGGGGCGCCAGCUAUAGCACCAACGAGAGCGCCUGCGUUAACAACACGGACUACGAGUGGCCACAGCCGCUGCUGAAUUUGACGUUGCCAGAUGAGACGCUGAGAUCGGUCGACAUGUUCAAACAAUUUGCGGUGCAAAGUUUUCGCCCUUGCGAAUUCAUGUACUCACUGCAGCCAGAGUUGGGAUCCUUUGACGAUUGGAAACUGUUCGAGAAUGGUACGCUACUCCGUGUAG